CUCCGGGGCCGCACUCUUCCCUUCGGAUCCCUCUGCCAUGACCCUGUUUGCAGUGAUGCUCGCAGGGCAGGCACCUGCUGCUCUAUAAUGAUUCAGCCUCUUCCAGCCGUCGCGUUAACACAACAGGAUGCUGUUGCUACUGGCCCUGCUGCCUCUCUUCCCGCCGCCGCCGCCGCCGCCGCUGGUCCUGCUUUUGCUUUUACUUCUCCUGCAUGACAGUUGCUUUCUCCAUCUAAGCAGACAGCAGCUUCAGAUGCUCGAGGUGAGAAACAUGCCUUUCAGUUUGGGCUACUGGUUUACCUAAUUGACCAACCCUCGGCUCGGUUUCGGUUUUGGCCCCAGUCCUCUUGACCAGCCGGGAUGGUUCAGAGAAGCAUUUGAAAGAACUGCAAAAGUGGCCCAGAAACAGCCAUCACGAAUUACAAUAUACUUGUAUUUGGUAGUUGCUAGAGGCUUUUUUUCCUCCUUCCUGCCUCCUGAACUCCUCUUGCUUUUGAUAAUGGCCUUGGACUUGGAAGACUUAUCGAUUUCCCCCUGUAAGAUGCUGCAUCAUUUGGUUGGGGGGGGCUCUGCAUGGUAAUGGACCGUGAGAGAGGCCAGGCCUUCUGGAGGUGAGCCGAUGGAGAUUUAUUCCCCAGACAUGUCCGAGGGAGCUGCUGAGAGGUCCUCCAGCCCCUCCACUCAGCUGAGUGCAGACCCAUCUCUUGAUGGGCUUCCGGCAGCAGAAGACAUGCCAGAGACCCAGACUGAAGAUGGGAGAACCCCCGGACUCGUGGGCCUGGCAGCUCCCUGCUGUGUGUGCCUGGAAGCCGAGCGCCUGAGAGGUUGCCUCAACUCAGAGAAAAUCUGCAUUGUCCCCAUUCUGGCUUGUCUAGUCAGCCUCUGCCUCUGCAUUGCCGGCCUCAAGUGGGUGUUCGUGGACAAGAUAUUUGAGUAUGACUCUCCUACUCACCUUGACCCUGGGGGGUUAGGCCAGGACCCUAUUAUUUCUCUGGAUCCAACUGCUGCCUCAGCUGUGUGGGUAGCAUCUGAGGCAUACACUUCACCUGUCUCUAGGGCUCCAUCUGAAACUGAGGUUCAAGUUACACUGCAAGUUGACAAUGCUGUUGUGUCCUCCCAACCUGCAGCGGUACCCACCCCGAAGAAUCGUAUUUUUGCUUUUUCUUUCCUGCCGUCCACCGCACCAUCCUUCCCUUUCCCCACACGGAACCCCGAGGUGAGAACACCCAAGUCAGCAACUCAGCCACAAACAACAGAAACUAAUCUCCAAACUGCUCCUAAACUUUCUACGUCUACAUCUACAACCGGGACAAGCCAUCUUGUAAAGUGUGCAGAGAAGGAGAAAACUUUCUGUGUGAAUGGAGGCGAGUGCUUCAUGGUGAAAGACCUUUCAAACCCCUCAAGAUACUUGUGCAAGUGCCCAAAUGAGUUUACUGGUGAUCGCUGCCAAAACUACGUAAUGGCCAGCUUCUACAAGCAUCUUGGGAUUGAAUUUAUGGAAGCGGAGGAGCUAUACCAGAAGAGAGUGCUGACCAUCACCGGCAUCUGCAUCGCCCUGCUUGUGGUCGGCAUCAUGUGUGUGGUGGCCUACUGCAAAACCAAGAAACAACGGAAAAAGCUUCAUGACCGGCUUCGGCAGAGUCUGCGGUCUGAACGCAACAACAUGGUCAACAUAGCCAACGGGCCUCACCACCCCAACCCGCCCCCCGAGAACGUCCAGCUGGUGAAUCAAUACGUAUCUAAAAAUGUCAUCUCUAGUGAGCAUAUUGUUGAGAGAGAAGCGGAGACAUCUUUUUCCACCAGUCACUACACCUCAACAGCUCACCACUCUACUACUGUCACCCAGACUCCUAGCCACAGCUGGAGCAAUGGGCACACUGAAAGCAUCAUUUCAGAAAGUCACUCUGUAAUCAUGAUGUCAUCAGUAGAAAACAGUAGGCACAGCAGCCCAGCUGGGGGCCCAAGAGGACGACUUAAUGGCUUGGGAGGCCCUCGCGAAUGUAACAGCUUCCUCAGGCAUGCCAGAGAAACCCCUGACUCCUACCGAGACUCUCCUCAUAGUGAAAGGUAUGUGUCAGCAAUGACCACCCCGGCUCGCAUGUCACCUGUAGAUUUCCACACGCCAAGCUCCCCCAAAUCGCCCCCUUCGGAAAUGUCUCCACCUGUGUCCAGCACGGCGGUGUCCCUGCCCAUCAUGGCAGUCAGCCCCUUCGUGGAAGAAGAGAGACCUCUGCUUCUUGUGACAGCACCACGGCUUCGGGAGAAGUAUGACCCCCACCCUCAGCAGUUCAACUCCUACCACCACAACCCUUCACAUGGGAACAACAGCCUGCCCCCUAGCCCCUUGAGGAUAGUGGAAGAUGAGGAGUAUGAAACCACCCAGGAGUACGAGCCAGCUCAAGAGCCUGUUAAGAAACUCACCAGUAGCCGGCGGGCCAAAAGAACCAAGCUCAAUGGCCACAUUGCUAACAGGUUGGAAAUGGACAGCAACGCAAGCGCUGAGGGCACUAACUCAGAGAGUGAAACAGAAGAUGAGAGGGUAGGGGAAGAUACUCCCUUUCUGGGCAUUCAGAACCCCCUGGCAGCCAGUCUUGAGGCAGCACCUGCCUUCCGCCUGGCGGACAGCAGGACUAACCCAGCAGGCCGCUUCUCGACGCAGGAGGAAUUGCAGGCCAGGCUGUCUAGUGUAAUCGCUAACCAAGACCCUAUCGCUGUAUAAAACCUAAAUAAACACAUAGAUUCACCUGUAAAACUUUAUUUUAUAUAAUAAAGUAUUCCACCUUAAAUUAAACAAUUUAUUUUAUUUUAGCAGUUCUGCAAAUAGAAAACAGGAAAAAAAAAACUUUUAUAAAUUAAAUAUAUGUAUGUACAAAUGUGUUAUGUGCCAUAUGUAGCAAUUUUUUACAGUAUUUCAAAACGAGAAAGAUAUCAAUGGUGCCUUUAUGUUCUGUUAUGUUGAGAGCGAGUUUUGUACAGUUACUGUGAUUGCUUUUCCACAGUAUUUCAGCAAAACCUCCCAUAUAUUCAGUUUUCGCUGGCUUCUUGUGCAUUGCAUUAUGAUGUUGACAGGAUGUAUGAUUUGCAAGACUUGCAACUGUCCCUCUGUUUGCUAUUUCUAGUAGCGCCCGAUCAGUACGUCUUGUAAUGGCACAUCCAUCCAAAUACUCUUCUCUUUUGUACGAAGUUUUCUUUUGCUUUCAGUAUAUGAAAUGAGUUGUGUCUACUCUGCCAGCCAAAGGUUUGCUUCACUGGGCUCUGAGAUAAUAGUAGAUCCAACAGCAUGCUACUAUUAAUUACAGCAGGAAACUGCAUUAAGUAAUGUUAAAUAUUAGGAAGAAAGUAGUAUUGUGAUUUUUUUAAAAAACUAUAUUCUUAAUCAGAAGACAGCUUGCUCUCACGAAAAAGAGCUACCAUUUGCUUUAUUGGGGUUUAUUUUUCUUGACAAAGAGCAACAGUUGGGUGGAUAGCAUCGUAAAUGGGUUCUGGCUUGCUGUCGGGGUAAAUCCAUCGUCUUCUAAGAGGACUCCACCUCACUUUCUGGGGGAAUGAUACAGCAGGUCAUCUAGUUGAAAAUCAAACCAUGGCUGAAAAAGGUGCAAUCGUUCUUGACUUGUGUUUUUCACUGAUUGGGGAGCUAGCCAUUGGUUGUGUCUUAUCAGCUCAAGAACAGACGUGUUACGGCACAAAAUGACCAGCUUAAACGGCACACUCAGCAAUUUGAAAUACUUCUGCAGUGAAAUAUGCCUGCCGUAUGCGGUGGUGACUAGUUAUCAUAGGGAAAUAGUUCUGUUGUAGAGUAUCUAGAAGGAGUGAGUGUCUGGAAGGCACAGGUGGAGAAGAGCCAUGUGACUUGGUCGCAGUUUUAAACAGUUCUGUUGACCACGCCUUUCUCCUCAUGACUUUCCUCUUGUUUUUCCAUGUUGCCUCGAUCAGGUCGUAACUAUGCAUGAACAUUUUUGUCAGGAAUGGCCAACGUGCAUGUGAUUUGUGAUUAGCAAGAGCCUUCCAAGAGUGUCGAUUCAUCAGGGAACGUUGACAGUGUUGGAAAGAUUGCACCUUUACUUGCAGAAGUAACCCCCCACCUCUGUCCUGACCUCUCAAUCUGCAGCCUGUAUCAUCCAUGUCCUCCCCUUUCUUACCUUUUGCUUUACUGUCACAAAACAGGAUGGAAGAUGGGUCUAAACUUUGCAUGUUCUCUGUGAUUGUAAGUCCGAGGAAGGCCUAUAGGUGUUAAUAUGUGGAAUAAACGCUAAUUCAGGAAAAUAAGGGGAUUUUAAAAAAAAAAUGCAGGCCCUAUUUCAUGCCCUGCCUGAUAUCUGUCAAAUCAGGCUAGAGCUUUACUUAGAUUCCUGGUGACCUCCUGGGAUCCAUGGGACAAAACAGGAAACGGGUCAGCAGGGGGUUCCAAAUACCAGGCGUGAAGUCAACAAGAGCAGCUGCUGCUUGUUUGCAGGUGAACUGGGUUUAGUUCUUCAUCAAAUGUCUAUGUUAAAAUUCUCGGGAAGAAGGGACGUGCAAGGAGUUCGUGGGAAAAUGCGGGCUGGACGCGAGGCAUGUCAUUAAGCAACUUUCAUGUUUCUACAACCCACAGAGAUGUCUGUCUGCAGGUCCUUGAAGUUACUCUUAGUAUUUGGUAUCCUGAACUGUCCUUCAUUACUCACAUGCCACUUUCUCUGUGCUUCUUUCGGGUUGCCCAAGUUAUUCCGAUUUCCCACUUCUGUAGAAAUGAGUAAGCUCGUGGCAGGGGGAAGAGGACAGUCCACCCAAAGAGGUCCUUUAAAUCAUUAAAUUAAUAUUGCCUUUGAAGGCCUUGGGUCAUUCAGAGACUAUGUCAAUAAAGAAAUUUCUACCAUUAAUGAAAAGUCUAAAAUUUCUGCUGCAAAAAUCUUUGGGCAUUGGAGUAUUCAAAUGCCCCAUUGUGGAGAAUUUCCAGAAUAAAUGAAAUCUUCUGAAACCAACAUUUUCCUCAGUAUGAAAAUUGCUAUCUACAUUUUCAGGUCGCAAAUACACAGGAACAUUUAGGACAAGAGGAAAUUUUAUUUCCAGCUUGAUUCUGGUCACUCAGAGACGUGGCAUAUUCUCUGGGACAGCCUUUCCUUCUGGAGAACGAGUUUCCCCUGGUAAGAAAGGCCAGCUGUCUCCUCAGGGCUACCUGCUGCCACCACCAGCUCUGUGUUCAAAUGGACCUCUCUGUGACGUUUAGUCCGCACAUGGCUCUCAACCAGCCCUGUCUAUAAACCCAGGCGGUGUAGUGGCAAUUCCGCGGAGGGGCGUGAACCCAUGCUCCCAGCAUGUGGCAAGCUUCAGAGGGGUUUCCAGGGAGUGGAAGUUGCCCAGAAGUUUGACAGCAACUGUGUUUCCUGGGUCUGAAAUCAUACCCCACCGAGGGGUAGGCAAAACUUCUUUUUCUCACUCCAGAUUCCCUUUCUGUCCUACUCCCCCUUCUUGCCUGGUAUGCCUUUUUUUGUUUGUUUUUUUUUCAGGAGUGCCUGGACAGCCUCAUGCUUUCUACAAAAUGGCACUCUGCCUGAGUAUAUGUGAAAUGUGUCCCAAACACCACAGACCGUAUCCUCCUUGUUUAAGUGUGACUGUCUUGAUAUAGGUGGAGUUUAUCCAGGGUAACUUGCUCAUAAUUAUUCCUUUUUUUGGCCUGAGUUAAAAGGUGCAUGGCUCACAAAAUGGUGAAAAUAAGGAAGGCCUGGUUUUAUCUUUUAGUACUGACUCCAUUCCACCACCCACAGAAAUUUCUAUCUGCAAAGACCCGUGAAACACUGCAGACAAGUGCAGGCAAAAGGAAAUGGCCACAUACCACGAGUUCUAUUAUAUAUUCUUUUGUAAAUACACAUUGUACGUUACUUGGAUGUUUUCCUAAAUCAUUUACUGUCUUUAUGAGUUAAUGUCAGUUUUUUACUCUCUCAACUUACUGUGUAACAUUGUAAAUAACAUAUUGUCCUUUAUUAUUUAUAUUUAAGCAUCUAACAUAGAGUUGUUUUCAUAUAAGUUUAAGAUAAAUGUCAAAAAUAUAUGGGGUUUUUUUUGUUUUUCUUUGCUUUAAAA